GUAAAUAGCCUUUCACUCGACCGUGACUGAAAGUGUGGGACCUGGAGGUAUCCUCCACCUAACGAGACCAGAAUCAGAUGUUUAUAGCACUAACAGGAAAGUCUACACAGAAUCCAUUCACCCCAUCCACUGCUUUGGGAAGGAGCCAAGAAGUGCUUCAAAUGGAGAAUGGAGAUUGGCGAUACGUUAAUAUCAAAAACAGCACAAUAUAGCUAUUUUUCUCUUUGUUGAUGAUGGAAAUAAACAAGAUCCCUAUAUCAGUGAUGUCAUUAGACUUAUUUAGAAGUUAAGAAAAAACUCCUUGCAACCUAAAGCAGGAAUCUCAACCCAAAGCAGAUGACAGAUCCAGUCACCCUAAAUGUUGGUGGCCAUAUAUACACUACCUCUUUGUCUACACUACAACGGUACCCAGACUCCAUGUUGGGAGCCAUGUUCCGUGGUGAUUUCCCCACAGCACAGGACACCCAGGGAAACUAUUUCAUAGACCGUGACGGACCACUGUUUCGUUAUAUUUUGAAUUUUUUGAGGACUUCAGAACUGACUCUGCCAUAUGACUUCAAAGAGAUGGAGCUCUUGCGUAAAGAGGCAGACUUCUAUCAGAUAGAGCCACUGAUCCAGUGCUUAAGUGAAACAAAACCACUCUAUCCAUUGGACACCUUUGAACAGGUGGUGGAACUUUCAAGCACUCGAAAGCUAUCAAAAUACUCAAAUCCUGUGGCAGUGAUUAUAACCCAACUCACCAUUACAACCAAGGUGCACACACUACUUGAAGGCAUCUCAAACAACUUCACUCGGUGGAAUAAACACAUGAUGGACACCAGAGAUUUUCAGGUGUCUUUUACCUUUGGACCUUGUGACUAUCAUCAAGAAGUGUCCCUUAGGGUUCACCUUGUGGACUACAUUUCCAAGCAAGGUUUCACCAUUCGGAACACACGCGUGCAUCACAUGAGUGAGAGAGCCAAUGAGAACACAGUGGAACACCACUGGACAUUCUGCAGGCUUGCACGAAAGGUUGAAGACUGAUUAAUAUUGCCAAGGUGCCCUGAGUUUUGCUUAUGAAUAACUGAUCAAGGCAACAUAUCUUGGACACCAUUAUCUGUCCUGUGUUGCAUACUUUAUAACUUAGUUUUCGCCGUAAACACGCAGAAUUGAAGGCCUGUUAGGGAGUACUACCUAAGAGUAGUAGGUUUUAAGUUAGUUUUAAAUUUUAAGUAAGUAGUAAGUAAUGUGCCAUGAUGACAAGAAGGAAAACCUCACAGUGGUCCCUUAGCUGAGAUAACACAUUUUUCUUUCCAAAACAGCAGAAAUAACAUUUGAGUUACUAAAUAAUCUGAUGCUGUGAAGAGCCAGCAGGAGAACCAGAUAACUAGUAUUGAAUUAUUAAUAUUCUAACUUCAUAUAACUAAGUUAAAAAUGCAACAAGAGCACCUACAACAUUACUAAGCAAUGUAUCUUUUUUAACAGUGGUCGUUUAUUUUUAUAUAAAUAAAAUUUGAAUUUAAUAAUUAGUGGGCCCUUUAAUAUUUAUUGAUUUAUUUAUUUACAUUUUUGUAAUUUAGUUCAUUUAAUGUUUGAUAUCUGUGUAAUAAUAGUGUGUAGGAAUGUCUUUAUUUUGAGAGCAAAGCUCAUAUGAAAAAUAGGAUUUGGUCUGAAUAAAAGCUAAAUAUCAACACUAUUUUUCACAUUCUUUCGAUCUUUCAAUUUUUUCGUCAUUGUUUGAUUUUUUCUGUUCCUGUUCCAGUCCUUGUUUUGGUUUACACUGUUUCAUUAGUUUCACCUGCUUGUUAUCCCUCAUUACUCUUUGUAUAUAUACCCUGUGUUUUCUGUCCUAGUUUACUGGACAUUGUUAAUCCAUGCCUCUUUGGGAUUUCGCUACCUGUGGUGAUUGUAUUCCUAGUCUCUUUUGUGUUUGCUUGUCAUAGGUGUUUAGUUCAUACUGCUGCUUAUGCAAGUCUUAUUAUUUGGAGUAACCUAUUUCCAUUUUUUUCUUCGAGUGUUUUGUUUCCCAUUUUGUAUUCCUGGACUCUGUGUUGGCUCUAUGACCCUGGACUGUGAUCAUGAUUCUGAAUUUGGAUUUGCCCCUAAUAAACCUUGC